CUGUGGUCGAACUUGGAAUUGUACGCGCUAUUAGAAGGCAUUUCCCUAACUUGCUCAGUUCUUCGAUAGCGAUGGAGGAAUCGACUGUCCAAGAUUAUUUGAAAUCGUACGUGGAAGCAAGAACUCCCGAAAGCCCCGAUGACGGUGUACUACUUCGCAACGGACACCAGUCGGAAAGAAUUAUCUCUUCUGAGGACGUCGAGGCCGAAGUCUUCGAGUGGAUUCUAUCGCAUCUUGACGCACGGGAAUGGCCUCUUGCAUUGUCAACCCUGCUUGCCAAGACAGUCUCUCAGAAGGUGAGCACGACCCAGAAGGAUUCUCUGGAAUGGACCAAUCUUCAGGUAGAUGCCCAGGAGACAUUACAAGGACUGUGUUCCUUGUGGUUGGAGCAGCCCCACUUGGUACCUCCAAUGCUGCCCCCUCUGCCCUUCCCCAUUUCCACCAGUGCCAUGCGCAAUGGGAGACGAAAGAUGGAGGACAGGCACAUUACGUUGCCCUACUUCAACUAUGUUGUCGGUUUGCAGGAUGGCCCAGAGCACAGCUACUACGCAGUGUUUGAUGGCCAUGCAGGCUCUGAAGCUGCUGCCUAUGCAACAGCUCAUCUCCACCACAACAUAGCACAGCAUCCAGAAUUUCUCACCGACCCUGUGCUGGCCAUCCGUGAGGGAUUUGCUGUGACGGAGCGCAACUUUCUCAAGAGUUCUUCCAAGGAAGGUAUCAAGAGUGGCUGCACAGCCGUCUGUUGCCUCGUGAGAGAAGAGAGGCUCUACGUCGGGUGGCUGGGGGACUCUCAGGCCGUUCUUGCACGUGAAGGAAGUCCAAUCGCAUUGGUGGAACCCCACAAGCCUGACAGAGAAGAUGAAAGGCAGAGGAUCUUGGAACUAGGAGGCGCUGUUAUCAUGAUGGGAACAUGGAGGGUGAAUGGAGCACUUGCAGUGUCCAGAGCACUUGGUGACGCUGAGCACAAACCCUAUGUCAGCAGUGAUCCCGAUGUGAUAACACUUGACCUGGACGGCACGGAAGAUUUCCUAAUCCUCGGCUGUGAUGGCCUUUGGGAUCAAUUGACGGCUGACGACGUGACGCAGCACAUUUAUAAAUGUGUGAGUGCAGCUCCUGAAGACUCCCAGUACAUUGCACGCAGCCUGGUGCACAGCGCCUGCGAAUACGGCUCUACCGACAACAUCACUACUAUUGUCGUCUUUCUCAAGGAUCCCAAAGAAUUGGGCUCCCAUUUUUCCACAGAUACUGACAUCUGCCCAACAGGUAGCAUUUCCAAGCAUAUCACAGCAAGUGAGCUGCCGUCUGUUGAUGAUACUGUUCAGGAACUUACAAGCACCACCCCCAAUGGCUUGAGCUCUCCGAAAGGCUACUCGGAGCAUUUCCAACUGUCAGAUCGCCUUGUCGACUACACUGUGCAGGAUCCUACUGAACAAACGGAGAGUGACAUCAAAUUACAUCAACUUCCACUCAACCAAAAUGACUUGUGCCCUCUGGGAGGUACUUUGGAACAUUUGGCUCCAGCCAUGUCGACCACUCCACUUGUUGAGGAUUUCACCGCGGAAAAGGAUGAUGACAGUGAAUUGCGCCAGGUUGCGAGUGAGGUGGUAAGCAGCACGGUUGAAGACGCCUUGAACAGGGUGAAUAAUUUGGAACAGUACUUGGAGGAAAACGGAGAAAUGCAGACAGCGCAAGAUAUAGUGGAACAGGUGCAUCAGCUUCACUCUGAGCAGCUGACUGGCUUUCAAGAUGAAUUCUGUAGCGCAGUUCCAGUUGCACCAGAAGAAAAUGUUGAAGGUGGCAUUGAGAACGCAGGAUUUGGAGAAAACCCAUUUGAAGAAUAUGGUGUGGUACAGCAAGGAAUCAACUACACAGGAGAAAUGGUGAAGGAAGAUUUGGACCAGGCGUUUUCCACAAACCCAUUUGGGCCUCCAGGUGUCCCGGACACGGUGCCGAAUGAAAGGACUGUCUUGCCGCAAACCGAGGAUGUUACAACGUGGCCUCUUGCUCAAGACGUCCCAGAACGAGGUUCAGGCCACAGUGACCCCCCUCCUGUAGACUCUAGGGACAGUUCUUACUUGUUGCCCACGGAACUUGCAGCUCCAAAAUUUGAUGAGUUCAGUGCCGAACGGGCCAAUUACGAGGAACCUUUUGGAUUUGUAGAUCAACGAACUGAGCCUUACACAACAGAGACACAACAUGAGGAUUAUGAAGCUACUUUGCUUAAACCUCACGAUGACUUUCUACAGCCUGUGGAGCAUCCUGUUGAAUCCUCACAGCCUGAUGUGGAGCACAAUAUUCCCCAGUCAUUCCUGUCUGCCAAACAGCCUGCCGACUUUGAGUCCUACACUGCGGAAGAUGUUCAUCCGCAGCAGACCUUUAGUGCACUUCCAGGAAAUCUUGAGGAUCUGCCUGCCUCCUUGGUUGAUAGUCUACCACACGAAGAGCAGUUAACGUCUCUCCCUGAAGAUGUCUCAAUUGACCUAUCAGCUGCACCGCAGUCUAUCCAUGAGUGUGCAAAGAACCAAGUGACGGGUCUUGAGCCUCACGAAAACACUCCUGUAUUUGAUACUGCUUCUGCAGAGGACAGUGCCGUGGCAGGUUUCCAGGAUGAUGUGGAAGUUGACGUCACAGAAAGCCUCUCUCCUGCAGUGUCUACGGACUCUGUCGUGGAAAAGAAGGAGCAGCAGGAAAGCGCCGUUAUUUUCUGCGAGUUAAAGGAACAUUUUGUUGCUACAAUGCCUAAAAGUGAGGGAAGUACGGACACCACAGAAUUGCCACUGCAGGAGGUGUUUGAGCAUUCUGUCCCUGGGUCUGCGCACCAAGAAUCGCAUCAUUACCUUCCAGAAUUUCCAGAAAUGUCAGUGCCAGUUGAGGUUGGGGCACCAGUAGAAGAUUCUCCAAAUAUGUUAAGUCAUGGCCUUGUUGAUGACCUUCAGGAAAUCUCGCAACACUCUAGUGGUAGCAGUGAAAGAUUUCAAGAAAACCUGCAAGAUGUACCACCUGCGUCACUUGUCAAAACUGACCUUAUUCCAGCAGCCACCUUACCUGAUCUUGUGAUGCCCGAGAGCCUGCACGUGGCAGUCCAGCCCGUAGAUACAAAAUUUGAAUCUCCCGAACUUGCAGAGGAAUCUGUUCAGCAUGAACCAAAAGACAUUGAGGCACCUGUUAUGCAGCCCGCCGUUCAGGAAACCUUGGAAUUGUUACAGCAACCGUCUGACACUGCAGGUGAGGCUGUAGAACCUUUGAAAGAACCGGUGGCUCCAGUGGACCUUGGAGCUAUUCCAGAGUGUGUCCCAGAAGCUGAGGGUGUGACUGAAGAUUCAGAUUCAGAGAAAGAUGGAGGUUGGAAGUUUGUUAAACCGGCUGUUGCUGCUACUGCCAUGGGUGUUACUGCAGCAGCAGUCACAGCCACUGCAGUAGCUGCAUCUGCUUGUGAGGAUGUGUCGUUGCCACCUGUGGUUACCCCUAGCGAGGCAGAAGCAGGGCCUACGAAAGUGCAGAAACAGGUCCUGCCAUCCAGUAAACCACUGGCAACGAAAGGUUCACCAGGCACGCUCAAGAUGAAACCUGCUGCAGGAAAGGUAGCUGCUAGACCUCCAACAAAAAAGCCUGAUACGACAAAAGCUGCUGCAAGACCUGCUUCAACCACAACAAGGCCUGCCUCUGCAGCCACCAAGAAACCAGCGGACAUUGCUACAUCACCCAAGACCUCUUCAGCGACAACACAACGAAAACCCCUGUCUGCCUCCAGCCGUCCAUCCACAACCCAGAGCAAAGUGUCGGAUAAACCUCCUGCAAAACCUAAGCCAGCAGCAUCUGCAACAUUGCCCUCCAGGCCAAAAGCUCCUCCCUCUGUUGCAUCCACCGCUCCGAGCAAUGCCAAGAAGCCUUUGUCAUCGACACGCACUGCAACGCUCAAGACCACCACAAAGACAACAACUGCGCCUUCGAAAACCGCACCGACUACGACAGUACGACAGACCUUGUCAGCGACUACUACGAGGACUACGACCUCGAGGCCCCCAGCCCUGGCGACAAAAAAGCCUCUCGAGGCUACAGGGACUACUAAGCCACUGACGAGGACGACAGCUUCAGCAAAACUCGACAAAGAUAGCACCAACCAACAGCUCUCUACCAGGAAGAACAUUGACAGCUCAGCAGCCAACAGGGUAGCCAGUGCCAGAGUGGCUGCAUCUGCUGCAUCUCAGCGAGCAGCGGCAAGCAAGACUUUGAAGCAGAACUCUGCGAAGACUACAGCAAGCAAGCCGAGUGCUGCUAAACAAGCAACGACUGAAAGUGCAGCAACGGCCAUUAAGCCAAAGAAGGCUAUAGCGCAGCAAAACGGCGUUUGUGAAGAGAAAGGGGCACUUGAACAGCAGCAAAACAAGAAGGGGGACUCUGCGGAGGCUCCAGUCAGCAACGGCACCACAGAUCAAGUCAAAGAAGCAGAGGAGCCAGUUCGUCCUGACGGAGGCCUCAUUCAACAAGUUUGAUUGUGUGCUUGCAACUUUUUCACUAGUCGUCUUUUCUGUUCUUUUUUUUUCCCCUAUGAUUCCUAGCAUUUAUCAGAAAUGGAGGAUUUGGAAGUAUUUGUUUAAGUACAAGCUCUCUUAAUGAGCAGUCAGAUUUUGGUCCAAAAUGGGACAGCUUUUAUUCGUUUCUUUUUUCACAAUUUAUCUCUCCAGCUAGCUAUGUCCCAGUAUCACCAAAGACUGUAAUGUUCCUGUGUGUGUUUUUCUCGUGCUCUCUCUGUUCUUCGGAGGCUGUUAUGUCGUUUUGAUAUUGCACUUUGGAUGAAUAUAUACAUUUUCUUACUGCUAGGAUGCAGGCUGUUGCGGUCUGGGGGCGUAUACAUAAAUAUAUAUACAUAUUUGCAAUUGAGAUUUUUCCAGCUAUUUAUUCGCGUUGUCCUCGUGCAUAUGCUUGCAGUUAUGCUUGAUAAGCUUUGGGCAUAUGUUUUGUUUUUAGGGCUGUAGUUUUAUAAAUGUUUUUUAUGCAAUAAAGGUUCCUUCGUAGAAAAAUGGAGGAAAAACUG